AUGCCAACGCCAUCGCAGUUUGCAGCGCUUCCGUCAUCUGAGCUGCAGGACCGGCUCCGGUUGGCGAAGACGCAGUUUGACGAAAACGUGGAGACGCUGCGCGCGGAGUUUGAACGCGUGCUUUCACAGGCGCAUGAGUGCGUGAGGUUCUUUGACAGUGCAGCUCGCGAUGCUCUCAGCGCCAACGUCGAUGAUCCUUCUUUUGGUAUAUCCCUUCGAAACUAUGGCGAUGCGAACGUGAACGAUAUGGCUCACAAAGUGGCUUGCCCCAGAUGGUGGGUGUGCAACAUAGCCACUAUAGAAGUAACCAUUGGUCGCUUGUGUCGGGCUCACAACGCAAAACGAUGGAGAUCAGACGUGGAAGGGUGGUGCAGUUGUCAGAAUCUCGAGACCUGGCACUGCGUGGUCGCUGUGUGGACUCGCUAUGCGUAG